AGUCCGUGCAGUGCUUGCGAGCGGAGUCAGCUCCAAAACAGCUGAGGCCGAGUGCAGAAAGUGCAGAAAGUAAAGAAAAAGCAAAGUAAAUGCAAAAAGCAAAGUAAAAAGCAAACAAGUGCAGUUCACUGUGUAUCUGUGUGUGUCUCUAUUUCCCUCUAUGUGUGUGUAUGUGUCAGUGUAUGUGUGAUAGCAUAGAUACAGAGAUACUUACACAUUUUCAGCCAGCUAGUGAAAACAAACGAGGCCAGCAAUUGAAAAUUGUAAAUAAACUGUGCACAAAACUCUGCAAUUGCAAGUUUGAGAAAUUAAACAACAAAAACGAAUAUUAAAUAGAGCAAAUCACAUUUGUUGAGUUGACAAAAUACGACGCACAAUCUACAAGGAAACCAUGUCGACGCUUCCCUUUCUGCUGAGCGUUGCCGACGAGCUGGACAACAUCCAUACGCAAUCGUACAUGGAUGACUUUGGUCUGGGCUUCCAUCCGCAUCGACAGUAUUAUCGGACGCCAACAAUUCAGCUGUCGCUGCCCGCCAGCACCGAUUGGACUGGCCGUGAUUGGCAGGGACGACAUGCGCGUUAUCGCAGCUACAAAUUUUACGAUGAUACGCAGAAUAAUCUGGAGGAAGAGCAGGAGGAUGAGGAGCAGAAGCGACAGCAGCAGCAGCAAUUGCUCGAAGGCGAACAGCAACUGCAACAGCUGCAUCAACACAAGCAGCAACAUCAGCAACAACAGCAGCAACAACAACAGCAGCAACAUCAGCAGCAGCAACAACAACAACAGGAAAAUACUGCCAACUUGGUCAUGGUUAAAUCGAAUUCACACGAUGUGGGCGUAGGCGGCAUGGGACUCAACCUAAAAGCAGGCGAGGAAGAGGACGAUGAGAACAUCGAUCGCACUGUGCGCAUGUAUAAUCUGUCGAAGAAAUGUUGCAAGAAUUACUAUCGCCAUGCUCUGGAGAUGGAUGCCGGCGGGGCAAGUGCAAGUGGACGCACAAAGUGCAGCAAUCUUCGUGCUGGCAGCCAUCACACGCCCACGGAAUCCAGCUCCGAGGAGAGCUUGCAAAAGGUGCCAUCACCCAUCGAGUUUCUUACGUGUUUUCUUGUGAAGAAGUCGCGUGGCUCAAAGUGCUCCAGUCGAGCGGCUGAGCAGCUAAAGAAAUCAUAGAACGCGGCUGCGUUGUUGCCGGCAUUGACAUCAGCAGCAGCACCGACAACAACAACAGCAACAGCGAGUGCAACAACAACAAUCGCAUCGGCAUCGAUGGCGUCCACAUGCGGCUCGACAUUGGCAUCAGCAGCCUCGGCCUCGGCCUCGCUGUCGGCGUCGACGUCGGCGAAGCGUCGCAACAACUGCUUCUGAAUGUUGGCCCGAGUCGGUGUGCUCUGCAGCCAGGCUUGGAACUGGCUGCAGCGUUGCGGCGAGUUGCCCAGCUCGGAGCCAACAACGUUGCCCGCAACACGCCUCGGUCGCAUUACCUACUAGUAAGGAGCAAUGGAGGCGUGGCACACGCGACUCUCUCUCGCAUUAAACAACAACAGAAAUUAGCAUUAAUAUUGGUUUUAGCGGUGCGCAAAAUUUACAUAAUGCUGCGUGCCUCAAUUUUGUGGUCAACUUUAAAAGAGCCAAAAGCAAAACACACACACAACACAAACACAAAAGCAAAGAGCAACAAGCUAAAGCUAAAGCCGCUUUUCAGCAGCAACGAAUUCUAAUUGAAAUAAAUAACACACCGAACAUUAUUUUUUGUGAAAUUAUUCAAAAAUAUAAUCGCAAACAAUUUUUAAAAACCAAAUUUAUACGGAAACUAAAGAGAAUUUGUUAAGCAAAACGUUUUUUAUACGAAUUUUUUGAUACCGAAACCAAAAAAGAGAAAUCGAAAAUAUUUAUAUACUUCUAUAUAUAUAUAUACUAUAUACAUAAUCGUACACACAGCAAGUUUAAGGCAAACACUUUAAAGCAGCUACACAGGGACUUUUUGCUUUUUUAUUUCUCGUUUUUGUUUUUGGUAAAAAAAGGAAAAACUAACAAACAAAAUGUGAAAAAGUUUUGCCAACGUCAGCGAAGGCUGCGAGUUUGGUUUUUUUUUUCGUUGUUUUCAUUUCAGCUUCUGUUUCUGUUUCAGUUUUCCGAAAGGGGGAAAAACUAUUUGAGGAGGACUCAUAAUAUUUACAGACCUUGUCCCGGUUAUUGAAUUGAGCAGAAAGGCAAUUGUUAAAACUUGUUAAAAUGAAUGAAUUUGAUUGAUUUGACACAACAACAACAACAACACACUCUACAAAUAUUUUCCGUGUUCUAAAUGUAUUCUAAAUGUUGUUUUUAGCAAAACCGAAAAACAAAAACCAAAUACAAAGUAAGACAGAAUUUGAUAUAGUAUAUAUAAAAAAUAAAAGUAAAGUAAAGUAAUUCAAGUUGCUACACGUUUUGCACUUUCAGAGUUUAAUAGAAACAUAUUAGACUAAUAUGAUAUAUCUCUAUCGAGUCUUUUGAAAUAAAGAAUUACACGCAUAGCUUUAUAAGUGACAACAAAAUAAUCAUAUUUAACACUCACACACAGUCGAACACUCGUAUCUAGUUGUUACUUGAUGUCAAUCAAUAUCAAUCAUAUUGGAAAUAUUGAAAUCCUCUCCCAAAACAUGACAAAAGUAGCGCAAAAAAGCAAAAAACAAAAGCAAAAAUAACGUUUUUAAACUUGUUCUCAUACUACGUAGAAAUAGAGCAAAGCUAAUGUUAAUUGUUAAAUUAGCGUUUUGUCUCUCGUCUCUUCUAAGCACACACUCAACUCGUAACGAAACAUACUUUAGAAACGCAACGCAUAUCAUUAAAAAAACAAAUACAAAAACAGAAAAGCUAAAUCGUAUCGUAUCGAAUGCAUAUUUAACUUGAAAUUCAAUAAAUGAAAGUGUAACAAAUAUCUCUCGAUGUUUCGCAUAUUUUGUUUGCCCUUUUUACAGAUUUUCGCCUUGGGCCACAGACACUUCAGCAAGGACAAUUCGCUUGUCCUUCUACCAAAACUUGACACUUGCAUUAAUUUUCCAAACGUCAACUCAAAAAUUUCAAGUGCAAGACGGCAAAAAAGACAGAGUGGAGUAUUAGCAAAAAUAUGCGCAAUGGAUUGUUUGGAAGUUUGUGACCUUUUGCUAAAAAGAAACGAAACAAAAAAAAAGGAGAAAGGAGGACAGUAAAUGGCAUGUCCUUCCACUGUCCUUUCGCAUGCAUAUGAGCUGGUUGCUGCUGCGACGCUUAUCCUGGCCCCAAGGAUAUGCCAAGGAUUCAGGUGUCAGUUUUUUCAAUGUGUCUGCGGAAUUCCAAAUGAACUGCAGUUGUCACUCGCUUCGCUUAGCUUCUUUCUCCCUUUUGCAAAAUUCCUUUGCUGCCAACAAACAUCAAAGAGCACCUGCUUCGGCUUUACUUUCAAUUUCAAGCGGAUCGCAAUUCUAUUGGGUUCAAUAGCACACAGCGUACACAACAAAAAUAGACUAAUAGAGCAGGCAUGUUUUCCCUUCCCCCCUUCUGCUCUGCUCUGCUUUGGCCACUCUGACUGCGCCUAUAAAUAUAUCUUUCAAAUGCAAACAAGUGCAUACGUUGUGGGCGUGCCAGAGAGGCACCGGAAUGGACAAAAGGAAACGUGGCUCGUCGUACUCUAUUCAUUUCUCUGUCGUGUUGUGUUCCGUGUUUUCUGUUUUCUGUUCCGUAUUUUGUGUUGUCUUCCCAAAGUGAACUGAAACUUUUUACGUGCUGACUUUAUUCGUGUUUCUCGUCUUGUUGCUGUGGUGUGUUG